AUGAUAAGAAUUAACUUGGUUUGUUUUCUCUAUUUUGAAGCAUUCAUAUCUUUUUAAUUGAUUUGGACAAUCAUAAACACAAAGAAUAGUUUGCUUUGGAUUCCAAUAGUUUUGCACUAUGUUGGAAUAAUUUUUAAGUUGGCCCUCAUAAAAUAUUCAGAUUUCAAAGCCUUAUGGAUAGCAGUAGUAGGAAAUGAUGGAGUAGCCUUGGGGUUAUUAUAUGGAGAGGAGAAAGAUUUAUCAUUUUUAUAUGUAGUGUAGAUUAAAAUUUUUAGGUGUUCUUAUUGAUAUAGUUUGAACUGCUAUAUGACACAAAAAUGUUUUAUAAAUAAAGUCUAAUGGUAUUGUUUUGGGGAAUGAUUUUUUAAAUUAUAUGUAAUUAUUCGGAAGUUUGGAGAUUGAUAUUCACAUUGGGAGAAUGUCUUGUAUCACUUGGUUUUUUAUACUUAAUAAAUCGAAAAAAGAAAAAAACAAAUAACACAAAAUAAAAGUAAAGUGUGCAAUUAGAGACAGCUGUGAGUGCGAAAUAGCAAAUUUUAAAAUUAAUGUAUGAGUGAUCAGUAAGUGAGGCCCU